CAUUGUGUUGUAUUGCUAGGAACACUUUUCCUUUGAAGCUGAACGUACCCUGGCCUUUGGCACGCCAGUCACAAACCCUUCCAAAAGGAGCAACUCCUAAGGCUUGCGAAAAUGGGAAAGACUAAAAAGGGAAAGGGACGCUUGGAUAAGUUCUACCACCUUGCCAAGGAGCAAGGAUUUCGUUCACGUGCGGCGUUUAAGCUAAUUCAGCUGAACCGGAAGUACAACUUCCUGGGGAAAUGCCGGACCCUGCUGGACCUGUGCGCUGCGCCAGGCGGCUGGCUGCAGGUGGCGGCCAAGACCAUGCCCGUGGGCUCCCUCAUCUUGGGUGUGGACCUGGCGCCCAUCAAGCCCAUCCGCGGCGUGAAGACGCUGGUGCAGGACAUCACCACGCAGCAGUGCCGCACGGCCAUCAAGCGCGAGGCGGGGGGCGCCAAGAUGGACGUGGUGCUGCACGAUGGUGCGCCCAACGUCGGUGGUGCCUGGGCCAGUGAGGCAUACAACCAGUCUUCGCUGGUGCUGGACUCGCUGCGCCUGGCGGUGGAGACUCUGGCGCCUAAGGGUACCUUUGUAACCAAGAUUUUCAGGUCCAAGGACUACAACGCGCUUCUGUACGCGUUCAACCAGCUGUUCGACAAGGUGGAGGCCACGAAGCCCGCGGCGUCGCGUAACACCUCGGCUGAGAUCUUCGUGGUUUGCCUGGGCUUCAAGGCGCCCGCUAAGAUCGACCCGCGCCUGUUGGACAGCAAAAUUCUGUUCCAGGAGGUGGCGGAGCCCAAGAAGGUGAUGGGCCCGGAGGCGCUGCUGCGGCAGAAGAUUAAGCAGCGGCGCUUCCGUGAGGGCUACGAUGAGGGCUUCUCCACCUCUCAACGCAUCACCAGUGCGCUGGCCUUCCUGGUCAGCGAUGGGCCCGUGGAGAUGCUGGGCAACUUCACCGAGAUGGCGCUGGAGGGCCCGCACUCUUGGGUUGUGGCGGAGGGGCUGGGCGAGGGGGCGGCGGAGCCCAAGGAGCUGGCCGCCAAGAUCCGCAGCCACGCCGCCACCACGGCGGAGAUCCGCACGCUGUGCAAGGACCUGCAGGUGCUGGGCCGCAGCGAGUUCAAGCAGCUGCUGCGCUGGCGCCUGGCGCUGCGGAAGGACCUGAAGGCAGAUCUGGCCACCGAGGAGGAGGCGGCCAAGGGCGGUCACAAGAAGGCCAAGGGCGCGGACGCCAAGGCGGGCAAGGACGGUGAGGCGGGCAAGGAGGGUGAGGCGGUGGACCCGGAGGAGGCGCUGAUGGCGGACAUGGCGGCGCUCAAGGACAAGAUGGCGCGCGAGGCCAAGCGCGAGAAGCGCAAGCGGCGCGAGAUGAAGAUCAAGGCCAAGCUGCGCGCGGCGCAGGCGGUGCAGAGCGAGGGCCUGGGCGAGGACCCGCACCAGGGCGGUCCGGAGCAGCUGUUCAACCUCAAGGGGGUCGAGGCCGGGCUGGGCGACGCGGACGUGCCCGACGACGACAUGAUGGACGUGCUGGAGGCCGGCUCCGACGACGAGGACUCGGACGCUGCGUCGGGCAGCGACGCGGACAGCGACAUGGACAGCGACCUGGCGUACGAGAUGGAUCUGGAGGACGCGCUGGACAACUCGUACAAGGAGUACCUGGAGCGCAAGGGUGUGCGCGCGGCGGCCGAGCGGGAGCGGCGCAAGCGGCUGGGCAUGGAGGGCGAGCUGGACGAGGACGACGAGGGCGGCGCCGCAGCUGACCGCAGCGACGACGAGGACGACGAUGUGGAGCGGCUGGAGGACGACGACGGCGAGGACAUGGAGGGCGGGCUGCUGGUGUCGCUGGAUGAGGACCGCGCGGGUGUGGCCAAGAGCGGCUCGGCCAUGGCGGCACAGUGGUUCAAGCAGGACUUGUUCGCGGACCCCAACCUGCUUGACGACGACGACGAGGAGGCGGGCGCUGGGGAAGACGCGGCGGACAAGCGGCCUGCCAAGAAGGCCCGCACGGACGGCGCGGAGGCGGCACCCGCGAAGGGCAAGAAGGCCGUGGCCGCACAUGCUGAGGAGGACGAGGAGCCGGCCUCUGCUCGCGCGCGGUCCGGUCUAGGCGCCGGGACGUCCGCGGCGGCUCUGGCGGGCGGCAAGGGCCGGCGGGGCGGGGCUGACUUCGAGGUGGUGCCGCAGGAGCCGUCCGGGUCGGGCUCUGGUUCCGGUUCGGACUCGGGCACCGACUCCGAGGACGAGUUCGACAUGCUGGACGAUCAGGGGAAAGCGGAGGUGCUGGCUCUGGCCAAGCGAAUGCUGCGGCGCAAGGAAAAGGAGUCUAUCGUGGACGCCGCCUACAAUCGCUUCGCCUUCCACGACACUGGCCUACCACGCUGGUUCGCAGAGGAUGAGCGCCGGUUCAUGAGGCCGAUACCGCAAGUCACGAAGGCGGACAUAGAGGCAGAGAAGGAGCGGUUAAAGGCGAUUGACGCGCGGCCCAUCAAGAAGAUCGCGGAGGCGAAGGCGCGCAAGAAGCAGAAACUGGUCAAGCGCCUGGAGCAGGCGAAGCAAAAGGCCAACGUUGUGGCUGACCAGGAGGACGUGCCCAUGAAGUCCAAGAUGCGCGAGAUUGAGAAGAUUUACGCCAAGGCACACAGCAGCGCCAAGCGGAAGAGCAAGAAGGGCCGCAAGGGGCCGCCGCUGGACAAGCGCCUGAAGAAGGACAAGAAGUCCAUCAAGCGCGCCGAGCAAAAGAUGAAGAAGGGCGGGCGUAAGGGUAAGGGCAAGGGCCGGUAAAUGCAGCGCUGCUAGUCUGACCGGAACGAGGCUGUGGGCGUGUUGGGAGUUUGAGAAUGGGUUUCUGAAGCGGUUCCCGGCCUGCAGCGGGAUCUGCAAAGCACAGGGCAACGAACAUGCAUGGCGGCUGUGACAUAGCACUGCGUCAGCCCGUGACCUAGCUGGAGGCGCGGGGCUCAGCCCUCGAGAGCGUAACUUUGACGUGAGCACGAGAGGUGCACGCGUGGCCAUGAUGCGCCUUGGCCCUGUCAAGCGCUGGUCAGCGUGGGGAAGUGGGUAGGCAGAGGUAGUGAUGCACCCGUGUAGCGAUGAGGUAGUGUUAACUGCGAUCGGAUAGCGCAAGGGGCACACUGCCCCUAUAGAUGAUGAUGGGAUGUGGCAAGCCUUGACAAGAAAGGUGGCUCUCCCUCUCAAGGAAAGUGCGUUGAGAAGAAGGGAACGCCCCGUUGAUUCUUUUGACCGUCCGGAUAGAUGGCUUGCAAGCUUGGGGGAAGGUGCCUGAAUUAAGGUGCAGCGUGGUAGCCGCAGCCGCUGUGGCUGCAGAGGCGUAAGCGGCGAAAGUUGUAAGCGAUGUAUGACUGUG